UGCUGGGCUUUACGUGGAGUGAGCCAUCUCCUUAUCUCUGAUUAUCAAAAACCCUUCAAUUUCUAAUGAGUGUCUGUUAUUCAUAUCUGGGUGCUAGUAAUAACACCAAUAUAGUGUGACCGAAUUGUAGCUAGUUUGAAAAAGGUCAUGAAAAUGUACGUGGCAAAACAAUUUUUGAAACCCGUCAAUCUCGAACAGUACCCUAACUACGCUUCCAUUGUCAAGUACCCAAUGGAUUUAUCUACAAUUCAAGCAAGACUGGAAAGCCAUUUUUAUCGACAAGUGUCUGCGGUAGAGAAUGAUGUAAGCCAUAUUUACAUCAACGCAUUCGAAUACAAUCUACCAACUUCAGACAUUGUUCGAAAUGCAUCAGUCGUUUCGGACUUGUGUCUUGAAAUUAUUCGAAACAAGGAUUCUAGUGAAGUCAAAGCCCUGUACCAACAGGUCUUGGAAAAAUACAGAAUCCAAGAUGAAAAAGAAGAAGACGAACCAAAACCAAAAAAAACUAAACCUACUACUUUAGCCACGACUUCUGAUCCAUGCUGGAAACAGCAGUGCAAUGAUCCAUUGGAACUCUCUAAACAGCAGUGCAAGGAUCCAUUGGAAAUCUCCAAACAGCAGUGCAAGGAUCCAUUGGAACUCUCAAACAGCCCGAAGAUUCAGUUCUGUUCAUUGACCUAGCCAACAAUAUUACGCGUCACAGCAAUAAAGAACAGAUUCUGGAGCUGAAAGCUGACAUCCAAAAGGAUAUCCAUGUAUUGUUGGAACAACUGGAACAAAUUAAUGGAAACUGUUCCACUUUGUUUGAAAAAUUAAAUAAAUUUAAUCAGCUUUUAGAGUAGAAGCCAGUAGAAGCCGUUCCAUUUGCAUUACCGACUUUGUAAUGUAACUCGCCAUUAGUUGCCAUUACCCCAUAUGACGUGCAAUAAAAGGUUUCGCGAUCGGGGAACGAAGUAAUUUAUUGUUUGUCA